UUUGUCUUCUGUUCACAGGCUUUUUCCCCAGUUUUACUUGCUCUUGACUGUUUCUCUUGUCGCCUUAUCUGCGCCGCCAUUACCCUGGUUCAGCAGGUUCAUGUAGCAGCUUACCUUGCCGCAAAGUCUGCUCCUGGCGUUCUCUAGCUUCUCGCCCGUCCCAGCCCCAAUUCUUCCGGCUUCUCAGCGGAAAUCUCCUUGCUAGCAAGGAUAAUCGCUACCGCAUAUUGACAAUAGUGCUUUCUUGAAAAAUGGCAUCAUUAGGGGAAGAUUUGCUCUCUACCGUCAAUAAAUUACAGGACUUGGUUUUUAAUACCAUUGGAAGCGACUCCCUUGACUUGCCUCAGAUUGUGGUCGUCGGUUCACAGUCGUCAGGGAAGUCGUCAGUCCUUGAAAAUAUUGUCGGAAGGGAUUUUCUGCCUCGUGGUAGCGGGAUCGUAACCAGACGCCCCCUGAUCCUUCAACUUAUAAACGUCCCAAGUGAUCGCACUGAUGUACCCGAACAUGACGAAGUCAAUGUCCCUCACACCGCCGCUUCCGUUGCUGAACAGGGCGAGUGGGCCGAGUUUCACCACCAGCCAGGCAGAAAAUAUGAGGACUUUGCGCAAGUAAAGCAGGAAAUCGAGAAUGAGACGGCCAGGAUUGCGGGGAAUAAUAAAGGAAUAAACCGACAGCCGAUAAACUUGAAAAUUUUCUCCCCACACGUGCUCAAUCUUACAUUGGUCGACCUCCCCGGUUUAACGAAAGUUCCAAUUGGAGACCAGCCUUCGGAUAUCGAGAAGCAGACGCGGAAUCUAAUAUCCGAAUACAUCGCGAAGCCUAACAGCAUUAUCCUAGCGGUGUCCCCUGCCAAUGUGGAUCUUGUCAACUCAGAAGCGUUGAAACUGGCACGCCAUGUUGAUCCUGUCGGCAAAAGGACAAUAGGUGUCUUGACAAAACUUGAUUUGAUGGACCACGGCACGAAUGCCAUGGAUAUUCUUACGGGACGUGUCUAUCCCUUGAAAUUGGGCUUUAUCGGAGUGGUCAAUCGAUCACAACAAGAUAUCCAAGGCGGAAAGCCACUUGCGGACGCUCUGAAAGCCGAAGCUGAAUUUUUUAGGCACCAUCCGGCGUACAGGAAUAUGGCUAUCCGAUGUGGAACUCAGUACCUCGCAAAGACGCUGAAUACAACAUUGAUGGCCCAUAUUCGAGAGAGACUUCCGGAUAUCAAAGCCCGCUUGAAUACGCUCAUGGGUCAAACCCAACAGGAGCUCGCUAGCUAUGGUAACAAACAAUUUAGCGGAAAGGAGCAUCGAGGCUCUUUGAUUUUACAACUGAUGACUCGUUUUGCUUCCUCGUUUAUCUCGUCUAUCGACGGUACUUCCUCCGAAAUAUCAACGAAGGAACUCUGUGGCGGCGCAAGAAUCUAUUACAUUUUUAAUUCUGUGUUUGGAAACUCCCUCGAAACGAUAGAUCCGACCCAGAAUCUCUCAGUGCUUGACAUUAGAACAGCAAUUCGAAACUCGACUGGCCCAAGACCCAGCCUUUUCGUUCCGGAACUCGCUUUUGAUUUACUCGUGAAGCCUCAGAUUAAAUUGCUUGAGAUUCCCAGUCAGAGAUGCGUUGAGCUUGUCUAUGAGGAAUUAAUUAAGAUUUGCCACACAUGUGGCUCGACCGAACUAUCCCGAUUCCCGCGCUUGCAAGCCAAGCUAAUCGAAGUGGUCUCGGAUUUACUGCGUGAGCGGCUUGGUCCGUGUUCAAAUUACGUCGAGUCCCUGAUUUCGAUACAGCGCGCUUAUAUCAAUACGAAUCAUCCCAAUUUCCUUGGAGCAGCCGCUGCCAUGUCGUCGGUUAUCCAAAGCAAGCAAGAGCAGGAGAGGAAAGCUGCUCUGGCUGAGGAUAAACGUAAACGUGAGCGCAGACGGCUCAAGGAGCUCGGCGGUGUAAAUGGCACGGCUACACCGGAAGAAAAUGAGGAUCAUCACGAAGAUGAGAGACACCAAACUCUUCCUAUCCGCGCAAACAAGGUCGGCAGGAGCCAGUCGCCUCAUAUCGGGAAUCUCGAGAACAGCCGGAUUUCAUCGUCGCUUAACGGUUUCCAAGCAGUUUCUCAGCCAACAGGAGGUCGAGAUUCCUUCCUGAACUACUUCUUCGGCAAAGAAGGAGCCCUUCCUGCACCAGGCCCGGCACAAGGAGCUGCACGCCAUGUCAGCCAUUCGACCGAGCCUAGCUUUAGCCAGAGCUUCCGUCGCAGUGAAUUAAGGUCUCCUUCGAUUUCACACAACUUUCCCGACGACGUGACUGCUCCAUCGGAGUAUGGAGAUACAUCCUUAGUUAAGGAUGACACCGAGCCCGCGCUUACAGAUCGCGAAGCCCUCGAGACAGAGCUCAUCCGCCGUCUUAUUUCGUCUUACUUUAACAUCGUUCGGGAAACCAUUGCCGACCAGGUUCCCAAAGCCAUCAUGCAUCUGCUUGUUAACCACAGCAAAGAGGUUGUGCAGAACAGGCUAGUUAGUGAGUUGUACAAGGAAGAACUCUUUCCUGAGCUUCUGUACGAGGAUGAUGGGAUCAAAGCUGAACGAGAAAAAUGCGAGAAAUUACUCGAAACGUACAAGAAAGCGGCGAAGAUCGUGGGAGAGGUGCUGUAAAGGAUCUAGCUGCAUUUCUUCAAACGACAUCCGUGUGCUUUUUUAACCUGUAACAUGCAUCUUUUCUUUUCCCUAAUUUCUUCACUUCGUUACCUCAAAAAUCAUCGUGCAUGCUUGGGAAAGCUCUUUCUCUUUGGCUAUACCUCUUAGUGGCAGGUUCCUAUACUCUCUUCAUUUUCGCAUCUCUACGCGCUCCCCUUUCUCCCCUUUCCGGUUUAAGCAUCUUUCGUUUCUUGCUGCUAUUUCUUGCAUCGUUUGGAUAACAUGAAGAGCCAAGAAUCGGACAAGAACUACUUUUAGAGUGAGUAUAAAACAGGGUCUUCUAUACUCGAAGCCUGAGAAGACUACGCUACGAUGCUGAGGCGACACUUUGAAUGAUGUAUGUAUAUUCUACGGGCAUGUAUUUCCAUUCCACCUUUUUUUUAGCUUUUAUUUUUUAUCUUUUUUUGUACACGAUGAAUGCCGGGGAUGGUGGCUGGCCCUUUUUUUAUCCUUGUUUCGUCCCUUCAUUGUUAAGCACCUGACGUUCGCAUGUCUCUUUACCUAGUCAGGGCGCUUUGGGCACCGUUUCUGGGCGACGGGAUGUGAAACUUUAAUGCAGCUACACGACUUGAUAUUUCGUUACAAGGCCCGUGUAGAUGUGAACUUGUCAUACUAUGUAUUCAAACCAGGCCUUGGGGGUCUGCAAAUCUAGAUAUCUGUUCUAACAUUGGGUAUAAUGCUAUGUAUGUAUAUGCUGUACACAGCAUGUACUCAGAAUGCAGCCUGAGUCUGGUCUAUCUAUCAUGCAUCUAAUGCACCCAAGUCCAACCACAAAAAAAGAGAAUCAGCAUCCAAUCAACUCCAACCCUGUGACAAGCCGGGAAAUACCGGUCUCGGAACCUCAUCUAUACACUUUUUUCUUUUAUCUUCGCCUGCAUCUUCCUUAGCCUAGCCCCCUCCCAUGCAUAGAUACCACCUGCGAGGAAAACUAUUCCAGCACCCGCCAUAACACCAGCAGACAGGUGAUUACCAAACAAAUACACGCUCAGGAUUAAACUCACCAGCUUCCUAAUGUUCAAGACAAUAGUCACUGUGAGGGAAGAAGACUUCGCGCUAAGCAAAUACACGCCACGAAUGCAAAGAUAUUGUGUCAGUGCGUUCAAGAGAAGAUAGAUCAUUUUCAGCGGCACACGUGAAAGAAGUGAGUGCAAAGGAGGGCUAUCGACAAGUGAGGUCAGGAGGAGAUAGGGCUGGAACAGGCUGUGGUCAGAGAGAAAAGAAGGAAGUAGUGUUGACGCAGAGGCGGGGAUUGUGGAGGAAUUCGGCAUGACACUAUUAAUAGACGAAUGUGCAGACAAGGUAGAAGCAAGAACGGGGAAAGAUGCGAGGACUGACGGCGAGGACAGGAGUGAUUUUAUCUGCGGGAUGAAUUUUGGAUAUGUUGGGAUUAGUAUAAGUAACGACAGUGCAUGCGAAUAGAAUAGACCUUCGCGCCAAUUAUCCCGGCCGUAUUUCUGAUAAAGUCUGUCAGCAUAGACACCUUGGAACGCUGCAAGAAUCAUGGCGAGACCCAAAAUCGCAAAUCCGAGUAAUGUUCUCGUUGGGGAGACCUCAUUAUCACUGGAAUUCAAGCCAAGAUCUAGCGAUUUGCCUUUUGCACUGGCGUCAGCGAGCGCAGAGGUGACC